UUAAAGUGGUGCCAUAAAAACUGCGUAAUACAAAAAUACGAAGCAGCGCUGUGAAUAUUAAAACAUCAUUAAUAAUAAAAAGCCGAUGUGUAUUGUGGAGUAACAUCAGUGGUAUAAAUACCAAACCCUGUGUACACCGUGCAGUGUAGUCUACUGCUGCUAACCAUGAAUACCAGUACACUGCUGAUCCUGGCACUCGGCUGUGUAGUGGCGGCGGAACAGACAGAGAUUUCAAAAGAAGAGUACAAAAGAAUAAUCGUUGAAUGCAGGAAAGAAGCGGGCUUCGGUGAGAAGGAACUUGACAUGGCCGAACUCGGCAGAAAUGGCACGGAGAAGAUUGAUCUACGAGAGAAAUACAAGUGCACCAUUUCUUGCGUCUUACGAACUCUGAAAGUUGUGGACGAGUCAGGCGAGAUGGACACUAAGAUGUCCUCAGACGUGGUCGACAGCCUGAUGAAAAAUCACUCUCCUGAGGCAGUCCUUCGGGCGAAAACGCUUUUAAUAGAAUGUGCUGAAAAACAAAAGGGGAAGAAUUUGAAGGGCUGCGAAGUAGGAGAAUGUGUUACAGACUAUAUGCUUAAAGCUAAGAGAAACUAACGGUUUCAUUAUGUAACUACCUCCAUGUAUGACAGACAUGAAGCCAUAUUUUAUAUAACUGUAUUCCAAUAAAAUCAGAUUGCUC